CAUGAAUUUAAUAUUUUUCACAUGCAUACUUAGACACGUCGCGAAUGUAAACAUUUCACACAAUGCACUGCGCGAUAACUGACUGCCGUUUUCUGAAAAGCAAAAUUGUAUGAGCCGGCAAUGGAUUUCUGAAAACGAGCUAUAUAGUCGAUCAGCUGCGAAGAUUCAAAGAAGCGAUUUGCAUUCAGUAGGAAAGAAGCACUGUUUUAUCGAGACUGUUAAUAUUAUAUAUCGAUCAGAAAAAUUGGUUGUUACUGACAUAUUUCAUAGUUCAUUUUAAAGCAUCUUAAAUUUCUGGACAUUUCUCUUCUUCGGAUUGUCUGAACCAGCUGUGUUUACGUGUUUCUAAGGAGAAAAACUAGUAUGGGAAGUGACAAGAUGAAACGGUCAGACGAGAAAAUGACGAAAAAGCGUCCAGUGGAACGCCAGAAGAUGCGACCAUGGCUCAUGGACAUGCUCAAGCAAGGGGCGACUCAGGGCCUGGAGUGGUUUGACGAAACGCAGAAACUGUUCAAGAUAAAUUGGAAGCAUGGCUCAAGACAUGGGUUCAACACCAUGAAAGAUGCCAGUCUGUUUGAAAAAUACGCCCAACACACAGGCCGCUGGGACCCAGACGACCCAAGCCCCAAAAGAUGGAAGGCAAAUUUCCGUUGUGCUUUGAAUAGUCUCCAAAAUGUCAUGGAAAUCAAGAAAUUGGGUGAAAGCAAGGGCGUCCAUGCUUUCCGAGUCUACCAAUUCCUGGAGGAAGAUGACACGAAACCAAAAGAAGGAAAUGCACGGAAAUCAAACAAACACAAAUCAAACCAGAAAUCUACCAGAAAAGUGAACGCAAAGUUCGUCGAGCGUGAAAGAGAGGAGUCUGAUAAAGAGGAUUGUCCUUUGGGUGACCCUGAAAGAGAAAUCCCAACGUCCACUUCCGGUGAGGGCGAAGAAAUGUCAGAGAACCCGCCUCAGUGUACCAAGCCAGAAAUUCGUGUUUUCACAUUCCCUACUCACAUGGCGGGCUGUGUGGUUCGAAUGGCGCCCAGGAAGAGGCUAGCGCCCUAUGUAUUGGAGGAGGAAGAUAAGGAGGACCAGGUGGAAAUGACGUCACAAGAGACUAUCCAGCAUAUUCAAUAUACGACCAAAAGACGCCGAAGAGACACUGAUGACGAAAGUGUGAUGUCAUAUACGCAGCCCUCCAUAACGACAGACGAAUCGUCCAAUGACUCAAACUCUUCAGUGUCCAGUUCUAGUGUGGAGGAAGAAAUACCAAACACGCCAUAUUUUUCCAGCCUGUUAACAAACAUACUUGAUGAUGACUGGACAGUUGAGAAAGAGGAGACAGUGACCACCACACAACAGUAUGUGUGAGCCGGUGGGUCUAGUACGGAACAAAUGGCGGGGGGAGGGGGGGGGGGUGUCAGUAACAGUACAAAACGGAGCGGGGGGAGGGGUAUCAGACCUUCGACAGGGACCAUUGCACGUGAUAUUGAACGUCCGUAGACCAUGGAGGACGGUCGGUCAGUGCGCGUGCCAAGAAGGUGCCAUAUCGUAGGGUUUAGACUUCACCAAAAUACACUACAGCAGCAUCAUAUAACUAACACUUGGACAAUCGGCCAUAUUGUCAUAUUAUCACAAACUGUCUUUCAUUUUUUGUUUUCAUUACAUCUCAUUUGUUAUUCCACUGUUCAACGGUGCCUUUUUUAACAUAUGCUUGGAUAUUGUGCUUUUGUUUUAUGUUUACAAUAAACAAUAUAAAAUAAAA